AUGGACAUGGCCCUCACCUCGCAGUCUCCUCUGUACUGGAGCGAUAUGGAUAGGCAGAAGAUAGCGUCAAGAUUAAUCGCUUCUUACCUGCAAAAGGAAAAAGGUCAAUCCCUUUUUUUUCAGAGAGAAAGUCCACGCCUGCUCACCCCGCGUGUGUUUGGUAUUUUUGCUGCCCAGUCCCUUUUCAUCUCUCUUAUUAGGACUCUCUCCUUUUAUCUUUCUCCAUCCAGAUCGAAACUGAAGAGGCUGUCAACGCACACUAGGAGAGAGAGGAGCACCGCCCGCGCCGUCCUCCAUGAGCGCCGCUGCCUCGUCCCAGACUCCGGCUGCCCUCCACGUACGCGCCUCCGCCGUCUGCCGCCGCAGCACCCAACUCCGCCGUCCUUCGCCGUUUCUGCGCCGCUCCGCUCCAAUCCGCCGUCUGUUUGCCGCCGCCGCUUGAAGACGAAGGCCGCGCUUGUACCUGCGGAUGCAUUUGGAGAUUAUAGGAGUAUUCGUAUCUACUAUGUUGCUCCACUGUCAACGCUACAAGAUGCAAUGGAGAAGAUAAAAGAAGCAACGACCAGUUGCAGUUUAACGAAGGCAGCGUCGAUUAAAGACAUUUUCACUAGCAAUGCCUUUAUUUUAAAUAGUGGUUAUUGAAAUGGUUGAAGGAUUCUAUGUUAAACUUGUGAAAUGGUUGAAGGAUC